CAACAAAUCACAAUUCAAAUACCAAUCUCAAUUUCUGUUAACCCUUCCCUCUCUAAUUUCAAUUUCCUUUCCCACUUUUCCAUCAUCCAUGGCACCCAAGGGAGACAAGAAGCCAGCUGAGAAGAAGCCUGCAGAGAAGGCACAAGCCGUCAAAGCCGAGAAAAAGAUCCCAAAGGACGCUUCCUCCACUGACAAGAAGAAGAAGAGAAACAAGAAGAGCGUUGAGACCUACAAGAUCUACAUCUACAAGGUUCUCAAGCAAGUUCAUCCUGACAUCGGUGUCUCCAGCAAAGCUAUGGGAAUCAUGAACAGCUUCAUCAACGACAUCUUCGAGAAGCUCGCUCAGGAGUCAUCUAGACUCGCUCGCUACAACAAGAAAUAUACAAUCUCAUCCCGGGAGAUUCAGACUGCUGUUCGUCUUGUUCUUCCUGGUGAGCUUGCAAAGCACGCUGUUUCCGAGGGAACUAAGGCCGUUACUAAGUUUACCAGUGGUUGAAUUCAUAUGUUUGUCUAAUUUAUCUAAUUUAGGGUUUAUGUAAAGUAUAUUUUGGAUCUAUUUGUAUUGACGUAGUGAUUGAGAAAUAUCUAAUGAAACUUCAUUUAGCCCUAAA